AGCCCAAUCGCAUCAUCACAUCAAAUCCAAUAUACUCACUCGAAAGUUCGAUCUCUUUGUGUUCCCCCAAAUUCGAAUCCGAAGAUGAAUGAUGCAGAUGUCUCCAAGCAGAUUGAGCAGAUGGUCAGAUUCAUCCGUCAAGAAGCGGAUGAAAAAGCCAACGAGAUUUCGGUAUCCGCUGAAGAAGAGUUUAACAUUGAGAAGUUGCAAUUAGUGGAGGCGGAGAAAAAGAAGAUCCGACAGGAGUAUGAGCGCAAACAGAAGCAGGUUGAAGUCCGAAAGAAAAUUGAGUACUCUAUGCAGCUCAAUGCUUCUCGGAUCAAAGUUCUUCAAGCUCAGGAUGACUUGGUUAGUGCCAUGAAAGAGACAGCAUCAAAAGAUCUUUUGAAUGUCAGCCAUUACAAGUCCCGUCACCUUCAUAAUUAUGAAGGACUGUUGAGAGCUCUUAUUAUCCAGAGUUUACUCAGACUGAAAGAACCAUCUGUGUUACUAAGAUGUCGAAAAGAAGAUUUGCAUAUGGUUGAAUCUGUUCUGGAUUCAGCAAAAGCGAAAUAUGCAGGAAAAGAACGCGUGCACACACCCGAGAUUAUUAUUGACGACAUCCACCUUCCACCUGCUCCUUCCCAUGAUGACCCUCAUGCUCUUUCUUGCUCGGGAGGUGUAGUUUUGGCUUCUCGUGAUGGUAAAAUUGUGAUUGAAAACACACUUGAUGCUAGAUUGGAUGUUAUAUUCCGCGGAAAACUUCCAGAGAUUCGCAAAUUGCUGUUUGCUCAGGUUGCUGCUUAAACAAACAUGAUGCCAAUCGAUUGAUCGAAGCAGUCGGGAUUCUUAAACCAAAUACAAAGAGCAGAUCCACCACCAGUUGCCUGCCUACCUGCCUUUGUGUUUGAUCUUGCAUGUCUUACAUAUUCAUUUUGUUGAUCAGUUGAAUUGCUCAUUUGUUUGAAUAUACUUCACUAUUUUUUGCAACCAUUUAUUUCCCCUAUUCACAUGUGAAUCUAUUUUAAAACUAAGUGGCAAAAUGGGUGCCAAAUGAGUAAUUUCUUUUGAAAUAAGUUGGGUCGGGUUAUGUUGACCUGCCAACACUUUUUUUUUU